AUGGCCACUACGAUUGACCCCCUUCAGCUCCUUCGAGCCUCUAUUCAGACUUCCAAUCCACCAAAGCUCUCCGAGGGCCCGACUCCAACCACUCCAGAACCUCCAAUAUCCACAGCCACUCACAUUGUCUUCACACACCCUGCUGCAGUCUCCUUCACCCUUAAUACCCCGACGCGUUUCCACACCAAAAGUGGUGAUGCCUUCGAUAUUCGCUCGAUCCUAUUCGCUUGGUUGCAUAAAGACGAUGGUAUUCCGGCCUACGUUGCGGCUUGCCAGGCUGUUGGAAACGGGAAGCUAGUUAAGAACCUAGGUUUCCUAGAGAGAACAGACCUGAUCACGUUUCUGGAGGGUGCAACGGAUGAAAGCGAUUACGUUACACCGUUAGAUGGUGCUUCCGCUGAGAAGGCUGGGGAUAAGGCUUCAGCGGUCUCUGGUGGACUCGGGGCUGUUGCGAAGUCGAGGUACACGACGAAUUUACGGCUGGCGGAGAUUUACUCGCGCGAAAGAGUUAUUACAGAUAGAAACUCGGUGUUAAGAGGGAUUAAGCCUACGGACUUCUCACACGUUCGCAAGAUCAGUGAAGCCUAUAUGAAAAAUGCUAGAGCCACACAGCAAGCACCUAAAACCGGCGAGGCUGCCCUUCCACCACGGCCUGGCUCUAAGCCGGCAAGCAACAAACCCGGGCUUGCCGGGAAACCACGUCCUCGACAUCCGAUCAUCAUCCUAUCACCUUCUACUUCUGCUCUAUUACGAAUGUCCAACAUCAAGAAAUUCCUGGAGGAAGGCGAAUUCACACCUCCAUCCAUGUCUGCCUCUGAGAGCCAGAACAUGAUGUAUAUAUCACGGCGUAUGCCGUCGAUAAACCCGCAACACGACACCAGAUUUGUGAUCGUCGAUUCACCAGAUCACUUCCCCCCCGAUGAAUGGUCGCGUGUGGUGGCGGUAUUUACAACUGGCCAGUUGUGGCAGUUCAAGAGUUAUAAGUGGAGUACACCGCAGGAUCUAUUUUCGCAAGUGAAGGGGUUUUAUGUUGGGUGGAGUGGGGAAGUUCCACCUGGAACGGUGGCCAGCUGGGGAAAUGUCCAGAUGGUGAACGUAGAGAAGAACAGAAGAUUCAAGGAUCGAGAGAUCAUGGAGGGGAUUUGGGACGGGAUUGAGGGGUGGAUGGUAAAGAAGGGGUGGGGUGCCAGGCGGUGA